AUGCCCGCCCGCGACAACCCGGAGCCGCCUGCCAGCAGGCACAGGUCGACGCUGUCUCUGCAAAAGACGGAAAUCACCAUACACGUCUACGACCUUCUUCCGCCCGGUCGCAUAUCCUCCGUCCUGUGGACGUUUGGCGCUUCGCUGCUCCACUCGGGCGUCGUCAUCAACGGCCGCGAAUACGCCUACGGCGGCCACGACAAGCGCCGAGUGACGGGCGUCUACUGGACCAAGCCCAAGACGGAGCCCCCCGGCGGCACCUUUCGAUGCGAGAUCCUCCACGGCUUCACCCUCGCCACCCACGAGGAAAUCGACGCCACCCUCCGCGCCGCCUCGGACGACUUCCUCGGCACCUCGUACAACCUCCUGACCAAAAACUGCAACCACUUCACCUCGUACCUCUGUCAGAAGCUCACGGGCACCCCGGGACCCGGCUGGCUCAACCGGGCGGCCAGCAUCGGCGUCGCGCUUCCCUGCGUGGUGCCCCGCGACUGGAUAGAGCCCCCGGAAUACGACACGGCCGACGGCGAGCUUCUCGACGAAGUCGACGAUCCCACGCACGAGCAGUCCCGCAUGCUGCGCCAGUCCCGACCACACUUGCUGGCCCAGGGCGCGUCCGGCGAGGAUACAGAAUGGGACAGCGACGAGGAGAGACGGAAGGGGGACAGUGGCAAGGGAAAGGGCGCUGCGGUAGACACCGACGGCCGACAUCUUCCCGCAGCGGAGAGGGCUCCGAGACGGUAG